GCAUAUUAUGUGUCCGUGCUGUACCUCGCACACUACUCGCGCUCUCUCAGGCUGUCUCAGUCCAAACUCAGCUUUGUAUUAUCACCGGUCGAAGUUCACUUCCGUCGACAAUCGCAAAUUGAUAGAGGGUCGCAAAGCAACUACAUUUUAAUUGAACUAUACAAAGUUUAUUCUGCUUAUUGUCAGUGAUAUUCGAACAAGUGAAUAGUGAGAAAGGAAACAAUUGUCGAGUUAAAUUCGAGUAAGAAUAUAGACAGAGAAUUCGUCCUUUCAAUGGUAGUUCUAUCCACGUGCUGUAAAAAGGCCGCGGCCUUCAGGGCCGUCAUCCUUGGGGCUCCAGCUUCCGGAAAGGGGACUGUGUCCUCCAGGAUUAUCAAAAACUUCAAUGUUGCUCAUAUCUCGAGUGGAGAUAAGCUGCGAUUGAAUGUUGCCGCUGGCACCGGACUAGGCAAAGAAGUGAAACAAUUCUUGGACUCUGGAAGCCUUGUACCCGACGAUGUUAUGAUUUCUCUAAUCAGUAAAGAAAUCGAAAGUGUAGGAAAUCAAAACUGGCUUCUCGAUGGAUUUCCAAGAACGCUCGAGCAGGCAGAGAAGCUACAAAAAGUCCACCCUGUAAGUCUUGUUUUAAAUUUGAUAGUUCCUCACUCAGUAAUUUUAGAACGAGUGAAAAGUAGAUGGAUUCAUUUACCAAGUGGCCGAGUCUACAAUAUCGGAUUCAACGACCCGAAAGUCCCAGGAAAGGACGACAUAACUGGUGAGCCUCUGUCUCAAAGACUAGAUGACAGACCGGAAGUCGUUAAAAAAAGACUAGAUGAUUACGCCAGGAUGACGGAUCCUGUAAUAAAUUAUUACAGAAAAAACGGAAUUCUGCACGAUUUCAGCGGCAACACAACAGACGCCAUGUGGCCACACAUUAAAGAAUGUGUCGGUCAAUUGAUAAAAACUUGACCUUAGCUUUCUCCAAUUAGUAGAAAAAAUUCAUAUUUGUUUUAAAACCUUUUUUAAACUGCGAAUCCACUCGGUUACCACUUUACGCUUGAAAUGCCAACGAAUGUCGAAACGAACCAAAGUUCUAAUUGUUUUAUUAAGCGAAUAGAAGUGAUGUAAACAUUUAAUUGUUUAUCCUAGGAAUCUUGAAAUUUUAUGAUUCGCUUUACGCACAAUUUGUAUAUAGAUAAUUUUAUAGAAGUUAAUUUUUAUAGGCAAAUGCAAUGUAAAUAUAGAAACUCUUUUGAGUUGUAGCAAAGUGGGCAUGAUGUGAUUUAAUUUUCACCGACAAUAAAGAAAGUUCUGUCAAAAAAAA